UUAAGCUUACGCGGUUGCAGAAACGCGAUGACGUCAUGGCGCCGUGUCCCCGCCCCUCUCCGACAGAAGGAGCGGAAGUUCCGUUGUGACCUGGGAUAGCAAGCGUACUCCUCACAUUGUAUGUGUGGCAACAACAUGUCUGUACCUCUGCUCGCUGAAGCCGUGACCGUGUCUGGGACGGAGAAGGAGACGGCUGUGGUGAUCUUCCUUCAUGGCUUGGGUGACACAGGACACGGCUGGGCUGAUUCAAUGACGUCUAUUAGACUGCCGUACAUCAAAUACAUCUGUCCACACGCACCCAGAAUCCCUGUAACUCUCAACAUGAAGAUGACCAUGCCCUCAUGGUUUGACCUGAUGGGCUUAAGCCCAGAAUCCCCAGAGGAUGAAGCAGGGAUUAAGAGAGCAGCAGAGAACAUAAAGGCAAUCAUCGAUCACGAGGUAAAGAAUGGUAUACCAUCCAAUCGUAUUCUUCUGGGUGGCUUCUCUCAGGGUGGAGCUCUGUCUCUCUACACCGCUCUGACCUCUCAGCAGCAACUAGCCGGUGUUGUUGGACUUAGUUGUUGGCUUCCACUUCACAAGACUUUCCCACAGGCUGCAAAUGGGAGUGGAAACAAGGGCACUCCCAUUCUGCAGUGUCAUGGUGAGAUGGAUCCCAUGAUCCCGGUGCAGUUCGGGGCCAUGACAGCAGAGAAGCUCAAGACCAUCGUCUCUCCAGGCAACAUCACCUUCCGCACCUACCCGGGUCUCAUGCAUAGCUCCUGUCCUCAGGAGAUGUCUGCUGUGAAGGAAUUCAUUGAAAAGCAGUUGCCCCGAGUCUGACCUCAAUCUAACUCACUGUGACCCUUAGACACUGACCUCUCACCUCCGACCUGCCAUUCUCUCACAGGAAACAGCCAUGAUCCCCUACAACACAUGCGCAUGAACAUUCAGUUGUACAUACUGUGAACAUGCAAUACAUGCAAACCAUCUCAUCUCACGCCUUUCUUUGUAAUUUCAUACAUUAUUAAAAAAAGUGAUAUUAUUAUUUUUAUUAGUAUAAGUGACGACAGUUGACAUCCGUACAUACAAUAAUAUCCCAUGAAACUUUUGCUCUUUUUUUUUAUUUUUAUUUUUUUAAGGGAGACUCAUUAACUUUCAUCAUACAUUCCUGUAAGCAUUAAAUCUCAAACCGUUUCCCAGUAUCUCUCUCUUCCCUGCUCCUCUGUCUCUUUCUCUCAAGCAAGGCGGUAAACGUAACGUUUUUCCAGACAGCUUUGUCGCAGAACUUGGGAAAGUUCAGAUGCUGCAAAUCUGUGGUGGUGGAGGGAGUUAGUGAGAGCCGGUGCCGUCUGGAGCGAGUCUCGUCGCGCUGCUCUGCAUGCUGGUCCCACGGUGCAUGGCUUCAUCGGGAUGCUGCAACUCAUACUUUUGUUUAGUUUAACUAGAAAUGUGCGAAAGGCAAGCGUAAAUGUCUCAAAUAAACUACUAAUGACU